UCCCUGACGUCACGGGGUUCAUUUAUUCCGCUGGCUUCCUGCUGGGGCUCCACUCAGUCUUUCGUAGCGGUACUCGCUACUUUUCGCUUCCCGCCUCACUUCAACACUCUCUCCUAAGUUUUCACGCCGGGAGGAAAAGCGCCGACAUUUCUGGUCGUGUGGUAUUAUUGAGAGACUGCAGACAUCAUGGUGAACAUCCCAGAAUACUAUGCAGGAAAAAACGUGCUGAUCUCCGGAGCGACCGGCUUCAUGGGCAAGGUGCUGCUGGAGAAGCUGCUGAGGUCCUGUCCAGAAGUCAGAUCAGUCUAUGUGCUGGUCAGAUCGAAAGCUGGUCAAAGCCCUAAAGCCCGCAUCUCCGAAAUCGUCAACAGCAAGCUGUUUGAAAAAUUGCAACAAGAUCAGCCGGACUUUGCAGAGAAGAUCAUUGCAGUGAACUCUGACCUCACACAACCGGAGCUGAAUCUGAGUAAAGCGGACCAGAGCAUCCUUGCUGAAAACAUUGACAUCGUCUUCCACUGUGCUGCCACUGUCCGCUUUAGUGAGCCACUCAAGGAUGCAGUGCAGCUGAAUGUCCUGGCCACUCAGAUGAUGCUGGCCCUGGCUCACAGGAUGAAGCACCUGGAGGUUUUUAUUCACAUCUCCACAGCCUAUGCCAACUGUAACCGAGAGCUCAUCGAGGAAGUUGUCUACUCUCCCUCCGUAGACUACCGAAAACUCAUCGAUACUCUGGACUGGAUGGAUGACGAUCUGGUAUCUACACUGACUCCCAAGCUAAUUGGAGAACAUCCCAACACUUACACCUUCACCAAAUCUCUGGCCGAAUAUAUGGUGCAGCAGGAGGCUGGAGACCUCAACGUAGGCAUUGUCAGACCCUCCAUAGUUGGAGCCAGCUGGAAAGAGCCCUUCCCAGGCUGGAUUGAUAACUUCAAUGGACCCAGUGGGAUUUUCAUUGCAGCUGGUAAAGGGAUCCUCCGAACAAUGAGAGCAUCUAAUAAUGCUGUGGCUGACCUGGUUCCUGUAGAUGUGGUCAUCAACACUACGCUGGCUGCAGGCUGGUACUCAGGAUCACAGGUGCUUAACAGGCCUAAAAGCAUACCCGUGUACAAUUGUACAACUGGUGGGAUUAACCCGUUUCGCUGGGGAGAAGUCGAGUACCAUGUAAUAUCCACAUUCAAGAGGAACCCCCUUGAGCAGGCCUUCCGUCGGCCCAAUGUUAAUCUCACAUCCAAUCACCUAAUCAAUCAGUACUGGAUCGCCGUGAGCCACAAAGCUCCGGCCUUCCUCUAUGAUCUGUACCUCAGGCUGAUUGGACGAGAACCCAGGAUGAUGAAGACGAUCACUCGCCUCCACAAAGCCAUGAUGGUACUGGAGUAUUUCACCAGUCACUCCUGGGUGUGGAACACUGACAACAUGGCCAUGCUGUUGGCCCAGAUGAGCCCUGAGGAUAAAAAGAUAUUUAACUUUGACGUGCGUCAGCUGCACUGGGCAGAGUACAUGGAAAAUUACUGUAUGGGCACCAAAAAAUACGUCCUCAACGAAGAGCUGUCGGGGCUGCCUGCUGCACGCAAACACCUCAACAAGCUGAGGAACAUUCGUUACACCUUCAACACCAUCCUGGUGGUGUUUAUUUGGCGCAUAUUCAUUGCCCGAUCCCAGAUGGCCAGAAACAUCUGGUACUUUGUGGUGAGCCUCUGCUUCAAAUUCCUGUCCUACUUCCGAGCUUCUUCGACCAUGAGAUAGUGACCGAGGGACGUGGUGGCGGGUUGCGAGGCGGAGCGACAAAAGAAAUUAAGAAAAGACUGGCUGUGGAUGGUGAAAGGUGCUUGUGUUCAAAGUGCUUGGAAAAGAAAAAAAAAAA